UGGAGGCCUCUAAACCCUUCUUCUCCCCCCGACCCCUACACGCCGCCGCCGCCGCUUGCCGGAGGCUACCGCUAUGUCGCCGGCGCCCGCCGCAACCGACGGCCGCAUCCGGAGUUAUGAGGACUUCGCGCGGGUGCACGCGUACCUGCUGGCCGCGUCCGGUGUCCCGCCGUCGGCGCCCGCCGCAACCGACGGCCGCAUCCGGAGUUAUGAGGACUUCGCGCGGGUGCACGCGUACCUGCUGGCCGCGUCCGGUGUCCCGCCGUCGCUGCACGAGCGGCUGUACCGCAAGCUCGCGGACGAGGUCUUCGACGGCGGGGAGGUCUUCGCCGUCGAGCCCUGCGAGGACGGGAGGCAGAGGCGCCUCGUUCUCGCGGCGGAGGACCCGCUCGGGAGGGAGUCCGACGUCUUCCUCGUCGACCACGCGUGGUCCUUCCGCCUCCCCGAUGCGCUCAAGCAGUUGCGGGAAGUGCCAGGAUUGGCUGAAAGGAUGGCAGCAUUGAUGUGUGUGGAUCUGGACCGGAGGCUUGAAACUGAAGAGUUGGAUGAACAUGAUAGUGAUAGGAGUGGGAGCUUGGAGCAUGUCUUGCAAAUAGUAGAGAAAGAAAAGGCUAGAAUCCAGGAGAGGGGAAGUGAUUCUGCAGCAUGGCUGGAACUUGAGGAACUUGGAAUUGAUGAUGACAUGCUAGUAGCCUUGGAUCUAUCUACAAAGUUUCCGAAUAUGGUAGCUCUCAAUCUAUGGGGAAACAAGCUGCAUGAUACAGAGAAAGUGAUGCAAGAAAUCAGGAAGUGUCCAAAGCUAAAGGCACUUUGGUUGAAUGAGAAUCCUGUUCUUGGCAAAGGUAUUGACAAGGCUAUUCUAGAUGGUCUCUCUGAAUUAGAAAUAUACAAUUCACAUUUUACGAGUAAAGCUGGAGAGUGGGCAUUAAGUUUUUGCGCAGACAUUGUUGGAGCAGAUAACCCCUGUUCCUCUGUGGAAAGCACAUUGUUGGAGAGUGCUGUGACUAUUGAUCUUUCUGAUAGGUGCAUUCACAAGCUACCAGAGGCUUUCUCUCCUAGUAAAUUGCCAUCUUUGUCAAAAUUGAACAUCCGUGGUAAUCCUCUGGAUCAAAUCUCUGGUGACAAUAUCCUUAAGCUAUUUAGUGGAUUUACUCAGUUACAAGAGCUGGAGGUUGACAUUCCUGGCCCUCUGGGAAACAGUGCAAUUUCCAUUCUUGAGGCUCUUCCUAAUUUAACUUUGCUAAAUGGUGUGAAUUCUUCAAGUAUAAUAGAGAGCGGGAAGCACAUAGUUGACUCUGCACUUGAACCACGGCUUCCAGAAUGGUCACCAGAAGAAUCCCUUGCUGAAAGAGUUAUUGGUGCAAUGUGGUUGUAUCUUAUGACAUACCGACUUGCAGAUGAAGAAAAGAUUGAUGAAACACCUGUUUGGUAUGUCAUGGAUGAGUUGGGCUCAGCCAUGCGCCACAGUGAUAAUGCAAACUUCAGAAUAGCUCCGUUCUUGUUCAUGCCAGAAGGGAAACUAGCCACUGCUAUAAGUUACACAGUUCUGUGGCCCACUCAUGAUGUUCAUACUGGAGAAGAGUGUACCCGGGAUUUCUUGUUUGGUAUUGGCGAGGAGAAGCAACGUUCAGCUAGGCUUACAGCUUGGUUUCACACACCAGAGAACUACUUUAUUCAGGAAUUCAGGAAGUACCAGGAACAACUUCAAACAAAUAGCAUUUGUUCUUCAACAAAAACUAAAGAGGCACCAUCAACCAAAAGUGUUCGUCCAAGUGAUGGCCGUGCACUUCGAGUAUAUACUGACAUACCUCACGUAGAGGAGUUUUUAACACGGCCAGAGUUUGUUCUCACAACUGAUCCAAAGGAGGCGGACAUCAUCUGGGUAAGCAUGCAAGUGGAUUCAGAAGUAAAGAAUGCACUAGGGCUUACAGACAAACAAUACACGAAUCAAUUUCCUUUUGAAGCUUGCCUGGUCAUGAAGCACCAUCUUGCGGAGACCAUCCACAAGGCAUGGGGCUCACCUGAAUGGCUUCAACCUACAUAUAACCUAGAGACCCAUUUGUCUCCACUGAUUGGUGAUUAUUGUACGAGGAAACGAGAUGGCGUGGACAACUUAUGGAUCAUGAAGCCUUGGAACAUGGCAAGAACAAUUGAUACCACAGUUACUGGUGAUUUAUCUGCUAUCAUCAGACUUAUGGAGACAGGUCCCAAGAUAUGCCAAAAGUAUAUUGAAUGCCCUGCACUUUUCCAAGGAAGGAAGUUUGAUCUUCGUUACAUUGUUUUGGUCCGCAGUAUACGCCCUUUGGAGAUAUUUCUUUCCGAUGUUUUCUGGGUUAGGUUAGCAAACAAUCAGUACACUCUGGAGAAGACUAGCUUUUUUGAGUAUGAGACCCAUUUCACUGUGAUGAAUUACAUUGGAAGGAUGAACCAUAUGAACACGCCAGAAUUCAUCAAGGAGUUCGAGAAGGAGCACCAAGUUAAAUGGCUGGAGAUCCACGAAAGCAUACGGUCUACGAUACGGUGCGUCUUCGAGUCGGCCACCGCUGUUCAUCCUGAGAUGCAGAACCCUUUCUCCAGGGCCAUCUAUGGGGUAGACGUUAUGCUUGAUAACAGAUUCAAGCCAAAGAUUUUAGAGGUGACGUACUGUCCAGAUUGCGGGAGGGCGUGCAAAUAUGACACACAAGCUCUCGUGGGAAACCAGAAUACCAUCAAGGGCAGUGAUUUUUUCAACAGGGUGUUUGGCUGCCUCUUUCUCGACGAGCAAACAAAUGUGUCGCCGUUGUAAUCAUCACCCGGAAGGCCGGAAGGCUGUUGUAACUUGUAAUAUCAAGGUUAUCACAACAUGACACGUAUAAGCUGUCAGGCCUGUUGCCAAUGCGAAAGGAAUGAUGGAUUGUCUCUUUCUUUGCCUGUUUCUAGUCGUAGUUUGUUGAAGCUUUCCGAGACAGAGUAUUCUCUGAAAGUCUGAACCAUGCUCGUUACUGAAUGUGUUGCUGUGGUGGUUUGGAUGAUA